AUGGGAGGUUUUGGUUCGUGUGGGUGGCCGAUAUGGCGGACUGACGACUUCACCACUUGUUUCCAAUCCAUCUACCUCAAAACCGUGUUCCCCCUGAUCGUGGUUUGCCUGUCAUUCGUGCAUCUCGUCCUACAAAGCGUCUGCCGGCACGUCAAAACCAAACGAGCGAGCGCAUACGAGCAAGUACCCAACCACCACCAUCAUACCGAACUGCCUCGCGAGGAGGAUGGGUUUUUGGACAUCGAAGCCGAUGAAGAGGAACUCACCAUCAAUGGCGGUGGCCGACUGGCGCUGGUCAAAACGACCACCAAGGGCUCCAUUGUCCAAGCCGACACCCCAUCGGGACAACAGCUGUCAGUCAUUGUGGAAGAGCUUACAAUCGUUGGACUUGUGGCUUUGAAUGUCGUUGCUCUCGUCACCGGCACCUACGGUGGCCAUGGUCAACUCACCGCUAUUGUCGGAACCGUCACCUGGCUCUACGUCCUCGUACUCGCGACCCUGCGGCUCUUCUUGGAACACACGAAAUGGCGAGUGCCCCAGCUAUGGAGCCACACGGCGACCAUCUAUGGAUGCCAAUGGCUAUUUUCCAUCUUCAUAUUUCGAUCCGUACUCAUCCAUCCGAGUUCCCAGCUCGCCCAAACCCUCGUCAUUGCCGACUUUUGUCUGACGACGGUACUGUUCACCAUGGCAAUGACCACUAGAAAGGGGAAUAAGACCGUCAUCUUGGAAUGGGAAGGCGACAUCGAACCUACACGGGAGCCCCUGGCCUCUGUCUUCUCGCUUCUGACCUUCUCCUGGGUCGAAAGUAUGCUCUGGAAAGGCUACAAGGAGCCCCUCGAAAUUGGCACCGUAUGGAACCUUCUUCCUCGAGACAAAGCCGCCGCUGUUCUUGCCGACUACCGCCAAGUCAAGAAGACCACCACUCUGGCUUGGCACUUAGCCAUGUACUUCAAGACCAUGCUCAUCAUUCAAGCCAUCUGGGCGCUCGUCGCUGGUGUCCUCACCUUCGCUCCGACUCUACUUCUCAAGGCCAUACUGGAAUAUGUGGAGGCGCCUGACGCGACUCCAAGGAACGUACUGUGGUUAUUCGUCAUUUUGCUCCCUGUUACCGAUGUGAUACGUUCGGUUGCCGAUGGUCAGGGACUCUGGAUUGGUCGGAAGAUCAGCAUUCGCAUUCGUGCCAUCAUCAUUGGCGAGAUCUACGCCAAAGCGCUACGCCGCAAGGCUGCCAGCGGCAAAGAGAUGACGAAGAAGGCCGAGACGCCCAAAGAAACCAAAUGGGACAAGGUGAAGAAGAUGGUCGGGCUCAAGAAGAAGCCAAACACGGACAACCAAUCCUCGGAGUCGAAUGGUGAUGCAGCCAAAGCCGACCCUACUAAGGACGUUGAUGACCAGGCGAAUCUUGGGACCAUCAUCAACUUAAUGUCUGUCGACAGUUUCAAAAUCUCCGAAGUAACGGCCUAUUUGCAUUUCUUGUUUGCGGCAGCACCAUCCCAGUUGAUUGUAUGCAUUGCGUUGCUCUACCAAGUUAUGGGACUUAGCGCAGUUCCAGGACUUGUCGUGAUUGUGUUCCUCCUUCCAAUCAACAUCAUUCUGGCCAAGGGCUUUCACCGCACACAGAAGAGAAUUAUGGCAGCCACGGACAAGCGGAUUAAUACGACAAAUGAGGUUCUCCAAAAUAUCCGCAUCAUCAAAUAUUUCGCCUGGGAACAGCGUUUCAGCACCAUUGUUGACGAGAAACGAGCGGCGGAGCUGAAGGCGUUGCGAAGUCGGUAUAUGAUAUGGGCUGUCGCUGUUGCUAUUUGGAACACCGUCCCCGUUCUUAUAUCCUUCUUUUCUUUCCUCGUGUACACGAAGAUCGAAGGCAAGCCUCUCUACCCGUCCAUUGCGUUUACGGCAAUCUCCCUUUUCCUACUACUCCGCGUUCCUCUGGACCAGUUAGGCGACAUGAUCGCCCACGUCCAAGAAGCCAAAGUUUCCAUCGAUCGUGUUGAGGAGUUCUUGGAAGAAGAGGAGACCGAGAAAUACAAGCAGCUUGGGCCUGACAACGUCGACGAAAAUGGUAAUAAGCUCAUUGGCUUCCGCCAUGCAACGUUUAUCUGGGGUAACAAGGAGACCGUUGCUGCUGAUGGCUCGAUGGCCUUCCGCCUACUUGACCUAACCACUGAUUUCAAUAUUGGCAAGCUGAACAUCAUUGCUGGCCCCACAGGCUCCGGGAAGAGCUCCUUGCUCAUGGCUUUGCUCGGUGAGAUGACGAUGGUUAAAGGAAAAGUAUACCUGCCGGGUUCUCGCAGCCGCGAGGACGUCCGCGUCGAUCCCGAAACUGGACUUGCCGAGACGUGCGCAUAUGUCGCCCAGGGCGCCUGGCUGAUCAACGGGGACAUCAGGGAGAAUAUUUUGUUCGCUGCUCCGUAUGACGAGAAACGGUACAGGGACGUCAUUGUGGCAUGUGCUCUCGAGCGCGAUCUCGACAUUUUGGACGAUGGCGAUGAAACUGUAGUUGGAGAGAAGGGUAUUACCCUCUCUGGUGGCCAAAAGCAACGAAUUUCGCUCGCUCGAGCCGUCUACUCGAACUCACGCCACCUGCUUCUCGACGACUGCCUCAGCGCUGUUGAUUCCCACACGGCCCAAUGGAUUUUUAACAACUGUAUCAAGGGGCCGUUGAUGAAGGACCGAACUUGCAUCAUGGUCACACACAAUGUCUCCCUUUGUGUGCCCUCUUCCGAGUAUGUUGUGCUCCUGGAAAAUGGUAGAGUUGCCACGCAAGGGCCUUCUCUGGAGGUGAUGGCAUCGGGUGCGCUUGGUGAAGACCUUCGAAACAAGUCUCGACCAAGCUCGGCACAUGUGUCCCGCGUCCCAUCUCGUGUACCCUCCAGCGUUGGGGAAGAAAGUGGAGAGACCCUGAUAGACGAUGGUGGCAAUAAUGCCACCAACGGUCAUUUUGGCAAGAAGGACAAGAAGAAACGUGCCAUGGACGAAGCCAAAGCAGUCGGCUCGGUAAAGUGGUCGGUUCUGAAACUUUACCUCAGCGCUAUGGGUCAAUGGUGGUUUUGGGUCAUAACCGUGUUUGUCUUCACUGCUCAACAACUUUCUGGUGUUGCUUCGAACGUAUGGAUCAGGCAGUGGGCCAACCAGUACACCACCAGCGCGGAAUAUAUCACCAAGACGGAGUUCAGUGCACUAUCCCAGAAUUCCAUGAGCACCUCCGUCUCUCCAGCCUACUUCGCCUCGAUCCUCAAUCACGCUAAGGAUCGUGCGACAUUUAGCCCGGCCCAGCACGCACCCGGCGCGGCGCAGGAAGUCGAUGUUGACUACUAUCUCACCGUACUCGCAUUAAUCGGCAUUGCGGGUGCUAUCUUUGCCUUGUUCCGAGAUUUGUGGCUGUUCUUUGGCUCCUUGACGGCGUCUUGGAAACUGCACAAUCAGCUGAUGGCAUCAGUUGCGAGAGCUAAAUUCAAGUUCUUCGACGUCACACCUCUGGGACAGCUCAUGAACAGGUUCAGCAAGGACCUCGAGGCUGUGGAUCAAGAAGUGGCUCCAGUCGCCAUCGGAGUUAUGACCUGUGCAUUGGGUGUCAUAGUGACCGUGAUCUUGAUCGCAGCCAUCACCCCCGGAUUCCUCAUCGCCGGUGUCUUCAUCACCAUCAUGUAUAUAUUUGUGGGCAUGUUCUACCUCCGAGCUUCGAGAGAUCUCAAGCGGCUCGAGUCGGUCAACAGGAGUCCAUUGUUCCAACAGUUUGGUGAGACUCUUUCCGGUGUCACUACAAUCCGCGCCUAUGGUGAUGAGCGACGUUUUAUUCGUGAAAACCUGGCAAAGGUCAACACCCAGGCGCGUCCGUUUAUCUAUUUGUGGGCUGCUAACAGAUGGCUGGCGUUCCGAACGGACCUACUUGGCGAUUUCGUAGCCUUCUUCGCUGGUGUUUUCGUUAUCCUUAGCAUUGGAAAGAUCAACGCGGGUGAUGCUGGUAUAUCCCUCAGCUACGCGAUCAGUUUUUCGGACAAUAUUCUCUGGCUUGUACGACUCUAUGCGAUGAAUGAGCAGAAUAUGAACUCGGUUGAACGCGUGAAGGAAUAUCUCGACGUUGAGCAAGAAGCCGAACCUAUUAACGAGAAAAACCGACCUCCUAAGAACUGGCCUGCGCAGGGUACCGUCGAGUUCAUCGGAUACUCUACGAGUUAUCGAGCAGAUCUCGAACCAGUUCUCCGCAACGUUACGUUUAAGAUUAAGCCUUUUGAGAAAGUCGGAAUCGUUGGUCGCACCGGUGCCGGAAAAAGCUCCUUGACCUUGGCAAUAUUCCGAGCUCUCGAGGCGAAUACUGGCAAGAUCCUUAUCGAUGAUAUCGACAUCGGCAUGAUUGGGCUGCGCGAUCUUCGAGAGGCCAUGACUAUGGUUCCUCAAGAUCCAACUUUGUUCACAGGUACUAUCCGAACCAACCUCGAUCCCUUUAACCUUUACACCGACGAGGAGGUUUUCAACGCUCUCCGUCGCGUCCACCUUAUUGGCCCCGACGAGACUCCUGCAACUCCUGUAACCCCUACCGCUACCCGACUACUCCUUCCAGAUAGUCCUUCCAAACCCACCGAAGGAGACGAACAGCUUUCUACUGGCACAUCAACGCCAACUGCCAACAAUAAAAACAUUUUUCUUGACCUUUCCUCCCCCGUUGCUGAAUCCGGCUCAAACCUGUCGCAAGGCCAAAGACAACUCUUAUGUCUUGCUCGUGCAAUGCUGAAAAGCCCCAAAGUCCUUAUUAUGGAUGAAGCCACAGCAUCUAUCGAUUACGCGACGGAUUCGAAGAUCCAGGAUACCAUCCGUGAAAUCAACGGCACCAUUAUCACCAUCGCCCACCGUCUGGCAACCAUUGUGGACUACGACAAGGUGCUAGUACUGGAUCAUGGUGCGGUGGUAGAGUAUGCGCAUCCAUGGGAACUUCUCAAGAAUGAGAAGGGCAGCUUCAGGAGCAUGUGCGAGACGAGCGGCGAUCUGGAUUCUCUCUUGAAGGCGGCGAAAAAGGCGUACGAGGCCAAACGGCUUGUGGACGAUGAGUAG